UGUUUUUUGAGGGUCUGAGCUGGGCAGCAUGGCGGACGCGUUUGGGGGCGAUUUGUUCAGCGUGUUUGAGGAGGAACAGACGAGUUCCAGCAAAAAACCCGCGCUAAGCACCGCAGCUCCCGCGGGGAAAGCAGCUCGCGCUCAUGGAAAAGAAAAGGCAGAUUCUCCGUCGGUGUCUCGGGCAAAGCGAGAGGCGGAUAAUGAUGGUGGGGAGGAGAUCGUGUUCACUAAAAAAUCCAAGCUGGAGACAGUCUCAGCAGAGGAGAUCAAUCUUGCAGACCUGAUGCCCAAAGUAAAGGUGGAGCAGGUGGAGACGGUGGAGGGCUGCACACAUGAGGUGGCGCUGCCUGCAGACCAGGAGUAUAAACCGCUCUCACAGCGAGUAGGAAAAGCUGCGAAGGAGUAUCCCUUUAUCCUGGAUCCGUUCCAGAGGGAGGCUCUUCUCUGUAUUGAUAAUAAUCAGUCAGUGCUGGUGUCGGCUCACACCUCCGCCGGGAAAACCGUCUGCGCAGAGUAUGCUAUAGCUCUGGCUCUGAGGGAGAAGCAGAGGGUGAUCUUCACCAGUCCGAUUAAAGCUCUGAGUAAUCAGAAGUACAGGGAGAUGUAUGAGGAGUUUCAGGACGUCGGGCUGAUGACCGGAGACGUCACCAUCAACCCCACCGCCUCCUGCCUCGUCAUGACCACCGAGAUUUUGAGGAGUAUGCUGUAUCGGGGGUCGGAGGUGAUGAGGGAGGUGGCCUGGGUUAUCUUUGACGAGAUUCACUACAUGAGGGAUUCCGAGCGCGGUGUGGUUUGGGAGGAGACUAUUAUCCUGCUCCCUGAUAACGUUCAUUAUGUCUUCCUGUCGGCCACCAUCCCCAACGCUCGCCAGUUCGCAGAGUGGAUCUGUCACCUGCACAAACAGCCCUGCCAUGUGGUUUACACAGACUACCGGCCCACUCCCCUGCAGCACUACAUUUUCCCAGCAGGGGGCGACGGACUGCACCUGGUGGUGGAUGAGAAUGGUGAAUUCAGGGAGGAUAACUUUAACACAGCGAUGCAGGUUCUGCGGGACGCUGGAGAUCAGGGGGGCAGCAGUGGAGGGAAAUGGGACGCUAAAGGAAGGAGAGGCGGCACUAAAGGUCCGUCCAACGUGUUUAAGAUAGUGAAGAUGAUCAUGGAGAGGAACUUCCAGCCUGUGAUUAUCUUCAGCUUCAGUAAGAAGGAGUGUGAGGCGUACGCUCUGCAGGUCUCCAAACUGGACUUUAAUACAGAUGAUGAGAAGAAGCUGGUGGAGGAAGUGUUCAGUAAUGCCAUCGACUGUCUCUCAGAUGAUGACAAAAAACUUCCACAGGUGGAGCACGUUCUUCCUCUGCUGAAGAGAGGGAUUGGGAUCCAUCAUGGUGGACUGCUGCCCAUCCUGAAGGAAACCAUCGAGAUCCUUUUCUCUGAAGGUCUUCUUAAGGCUUUGUUUGCGACGGAGACGUUUGCUAUGGGGAUCAACAUGCCUGCACGUACCGUACUGUUCACCAGCGCUCGCAAGUUCGACGGCAAGGAUUUUCGCUGGAUCAGCUCAGGAGAGUAUAUUCAGAUGUCUGGUCGUGCCGGGAGGAGAGGAAUGGACGAGAGAGGAAUCGUUAUCUUCAUGGUGGAUGAGAAGAUGAGUCCAGCUGUGGGGAAACAACUGCUGAAGGGUUCUGCUGACCCGCUGAACAGUGCCUUCCACCUGACCUAUAACAUGGUUCUGAACCUGCUGCGAGUGGAGGAGAUAAACCCGGAGUACAUGCUGGAGAAAUCCUUCUACCAGUUCCAGCACUACAGAGCCGUGCCCGGCGUUCUGGAGAAGAUGAAAAAGUUGGAGGAGAUGUAUAACGGUAUAGAGAUCCCGAACGAGGAGAGCGUGGUUACCUACUAUAAGAUCCGGCAGCAGCUGGCUAAGCUGGGUAAAGAGAUCGAGGAGUUCAUCCAGAAACCCAAAUACUGCCUCCCCUUCCUGCAGCCCGGACGCCUGGUCAAGGUGAAGAAGGAGGAUAUGGAGUUCGGCUGGGGAGUCAUUGUCAAUUUCUCCAGAAAAUCAAACGUCAAGGCUAAUACAGGUGAGCUGGACCCGCUGUACGUGGUGGAGGUUCUGGUUCACUGCAGUAAAGACAGUGUGAAAAACGCCGCCACAGAGGCAGCUAAACCCGCCGCAGCCGGAGAGAAAGGAGAGAUGCAGGUGAUUCCUGUAAUGCUGAACCUGUUGACCUCAAUCAGUUCAGUUCGUCUGUACAUCCCUAAAGACCUGCGGCCUUACGACAACCGACAGAGCAUGCUCAAAUCCAUACAGGAGGUGCAGAAGCGGUUCCCAGAUGGGCUCCCCCUGCUGGACCCUAUAGAUGAUAUGGGGAUUAAGGACCCGGCGCUGAAGAAGGUCAUCCAGAAGAUCGAGGCGUUUGAGCACAGGAUGUACACACACCCCCUGCACAGCGACCCCAACCUGGAGACCCUGUACACACUCUGCGAGAAGAAAGCUCUGGUUGCAGGGGAUAUAAAGUCGGUGAAGCGGGAGCUGAAGAAAGCUCGGACCGUGCUGCAGAUGGACGAGCUGAAGUGCAGGAAGCGAGUUCUGCGCCGUCUCGGAUUCGCCACUUCCUCUGAUGUCAUUGAGAUGAAGGGACGAGUGGCCUGUGAGAUCAGCAGUGCUGACGAGCUGAUCCUGACGGAGAUGGUGUUUAACGGGCUGUUUAAUGAUUUGACUGCGGAACAGGCCACGGCUCUGCUCAGCUGCUUCGUCUUCCAGGAGAACGCUAAUGAGAUGCCGAAGCUAACAGAGCAGUUAGCGGCACCACUGCGGCAGAUGCAGGAGUGUGCGAGGCGCAUUGCUAAAGUAUCGGCCGAGGCGAAGCUGACCGUGGAUGAAGAGACGUACCUGAACCAGUUCCGCCCUCACCUGAUGGAUGUGGUUUACACCUGGGCUAACGGAGCGUCCUUCUCCCAGAUCUGCAAAAUGACCGACGUGUUUGAAGGCAGUAUAAUCCGCUGUAUGCGGCGGCUGGAGGAGCUGCUGAGACAGAUGUGUCAGGCAGCCAAGGCCAUCGGGAACACCGAGCUGGAGAAUAAAUUUGCUCUAGGAAUCACAAAGAUCAAGAGGGACAUCGUGUUCGCUGCCAGUCUGUACCUGUAAAGGCAGAGUCCACACACCUGCCCCCCCAACCACACCACACACCUGUCCCCUUCCCCAACCACACCACCUGUUGUCCCCCACCCUAUCUGUCUCACCAAAAAUGUUUGCUUAUUUCAUAAAGAGGGACAUUAUUUUCACUGCUAUUCUACCUGUAAAGGCAGUCACACCUGUGUCCCCACACCUAUCUGUCCCCUCGAAAUUGACACUGUGUUUGCUGCCAUUCUACCUGUAAAGGUGGAGUCCCCACACCUCUCACACCUACCUGUCCCCUCAAAUUGUCACUGCUUGUCAACCUGUAAAGUUGAAGUCCCCACACCCCGGGUCCCCACAAACUCGUGUGUUUUUCAUCGUGCAUCAGAAGAGUUGAGCUGAAAGUGACGGAUGUUUUAUUUGUGUUCAGGUUAACAGGCAUAAUGGGUUCCUUUUUUUUU